AGAAGAAUCUUCUGCUAAUGAAAAAGUCAGUUUUCAUUUGUAAAAUUAAAUACUUCCAAUAUAAGAAUGGGUUACAUGAGACCUAAGGGAGCACAUAAGGCAUGUAUCUUCUCUUCAUCUCCCAAAAACACUAAUUAAAGGAUUCAAGAUUUGAUAUUUAAAUAAUGAAAUAUGUUCUUGCAGAGUUUUCCUGAUCAGGACAUACUGGGUCAGGCUUUUGAAGAUGCACUAGAGGUACUGCAGCAGCACUCCGACAGAGAAAUGCAGUACUCACAAGGUUAUAAAAAUUGCCUGUCUGUGAUCAACCAUCAUCCCCACCUCCGAGCAAGUCCCAGCUACUCUGCCCUACCCUCUACAGAGGACCCAGGAUACAGCUGGAGAACUGUGAUAAACAGUGCAGCAGAUUUUUAUGCAGAUGAUUCUGUCUACCAUACUCUGCAGAAUACUCCAGAAAGCCAAGUGAUGCAUGCUGCUGCUGUCCAGCCAAAAGCAGGGAAAGGUAGAAAAAAACUUCGUCUGUUUGAGUACCUCCACGAGUCUCUGUAUGAUCCAGCCAUGGCAAACUGCAUCCAGUGGGUGGAUAAGCCCAAUGGUGUCUUCCAGUUUGUCUCCAAAAACAAGGAGAAACUUGCAGAGCUGUGGGGAGAAAGAAAGGGAAACCGCAAGAUCAUGACAUAUCAGAAAAUGGCCAGAGCACUGAGGAAUUAUGGAAGAACAGGUGAAAUCAUUAAAAUUCGAAGGAAGCUGACAUACCAGUUCAGCGCUGUUGUUUUACAAAGACUUGCUCCAUCGUACUUCUUGGGAAAAGAAACUGUUUAUCAUCCAUACAUUCAACCCAAUCAAGAAUACCAAUGUGCAGAUGACUGGACCAAUUACAACAGUUACAUGUAUAACAACGGUUAUGCAUUACAGCAUGCUAAUAGCUAGACAUCACAUAAACGGCUCGUAAUACUUUCCAGCACAGGAACUCUUCUCUAUACAUAGCUUUUCCUAUAUUAUAUCAUGCAAACACAUGAAGAGGGCUUAAAAAAUGAUCUUAACCUACUUUGUUCCUUUUGAAGUUACCAAUAAAUAGUCAUUGAAUAUUGAAGAAAAACAGCAGCUGUAGGGCAGAUUCUGUUCUCUGUGGCAUUAAUCAAAGGAAGUACAUCAAAUUCAAGCUAAAUAUCCAAGAUAGGGAUCAAGACUUUUGUCUGCAGUCUGGAUCAAAGAUCCCAUCCUGAUAAUGCUCAUUCACUUCAUCAGAAGUUCUGUGCAUAUCCCCAACUUUCUAAUCAGAAUGCAGAUACUGUUGCAGCAUAGCUCACAAUUGGAUGCGUGUGAAUUAGAAAGGGAAGAGAUUUGCCAACUGUGCUAAGCUACUGUCUGCUUUUUCAUCAACGCUCUUUAUUAAGAGAUGAUUUCUGAGUGAAUCCCUGGCUGAACUAUAGAGUCCACAUGAAGGUGCACCUGUUGGCCAAGUUGUUAAUCCUUAAUCACUUAUAUUAACAUAUUUUAGCACAGAUCCUGACACAUGGUGUUAGGAUCACCAGGUGUGCAUUUCACGGUUGGCAGGGGAUUCUUUGAGAAAGCGACCAUACCAUGACAGAGUUAGCAAAGGAUUAUGCUUUUUAUGAAGCUAUUUACAGUUCUCCCCCACUAAUAUGAGAAGUCGCACUUUUAUCCAUCAGUUCUAUACUCAGCUGAUGAACCCAGCUUUGUUACUUACAACCACCUUUGGAGUUAUAACUUUUUAUAUAGAAAUACAGCAUUGCUUCUCCAGCUUUUUUUCUGUGUGGUACGUUUGCUGAGAGACUCAGUAAUUUUAUCUUCUCUUCAUGGAGAAGAAGAGUAGAUUUAGAUAAAAAAAGAGAGUACUAUCCUCUUACUCCAGGAUGAUACCAAUAAGUACACUCAUUCUGAUGCUUCUAUUCCUUUGUCAGCUUGUAUCAUCAUACGGUUUGGUUGUUGUACUAAAAUACUUCCAUUUGACUGCAUUCAACUUUGUAUUCUGCAUUUUGCUUCAAGUGACUGUAGGUUCAGGUAGAAAUAGAAAGAAAAUUGAUAUCUGUGAAGAGGUAUACAUGGUGGCUUGAUAUGUUUCGUGAAAUUCACUGACUUUAACAGUUACCAUUUGCUCUAACUCCUGCUUACAUCUGCAGGGAAAUCAUUUUAUGUAAUAGACACAAGGCAACAUACUCCACUCUAGCAAAACUCAAGCUUUUGUGUUAAUACUUUGGUUAAGAUGAAAGACGUGUACCCUUAGAAAUAUGAAGCAUAUUAAGCAACGCUAAGACCCAGGUUUUUUGUCAUUGAACAUCUCACAAAACAGGCAGGUCAUAACUGUGUUGUUAAUAUUUUGAGUAUAGUUUCCCAUAUGUAAACUUUUCUAUAAAAUAGACACAAGAUGCCUCUAGUUAGAUGUAAUUGAGUCUGGAUUCUGCUGUAGCACUGAAUGUGGUGGGGCUUUUACAAAGAACUAAAAUCUUUAAGUCAGGAUGCUCUCAAUGUGUGAGCACCUACCUAAAUACAACGUUUCAAAUAUCAUAAUGUUCAUAAAUUUGAUGAGAAACUGCAUGUUAAUUUACUAAACAUCUGUCACCAAUUGCACUCUGACUUUGUGUUAUUUACAAGGCUGGUAACAUACACUGCAAUAAGAAUCUACCUUGUGUAAAAUGCUUACUUUGUCAGUGUGUUCAGAUUCACUUUUCUCAGCCUCAUCUACUUGUUAAGGAAAUAAAUACUUUUUUUUAUUAUUA